GAUACAAAAUUAUUCAAAUACGGCCGAAAUGUGUGCAAGGGAGGGAGGUCAAGGAUUGGCCUUUUAGCAAUUGUGUUAAUUUUCAGGACGAGACCAAUUACCGUGUAAUCGCUGUAUGCUCUUACCGUUACGUCAACUCGCACUUUUAGUAUGAAAAUGCAAUCUGCACCGAACGAUUUAACCUAGUUCCGAGAAAUACGUAACGUAUCUUUUCUUCCGCUUUCGUUAAAAUGCGUUAAAAUUUCAGAUUUGUUCAAUUAAACAAAACCUGUCGCAUCAUUUUGCCGCGGUAAAUACACAUGUUACCACAUAUUAUAAUCAUCCAUAUGUCGAAGCUACAAAGAUAUAACGAGUCGUCAAUCAGAGUCAGUUACCCAAGGCCACCGACAUACCUAACCUCAAAAAUCAUUUCUAACGCUUCGUAGGCGUCCGCCUACGUUGAGAAAUAAAUCCUCAUUCCAGUAUUGGCCGAGCUUGUAAUCGCGUGAGAUUUCACCGAAUCAAGCAAAGCAAGUUGCAGUUUUCGUGCGUUCAUUUAAUACACUCACAAUCAUCGUUCCGAGAUGACAGAAAUGUCACAACCUGUCAAAUGCUCAGUGGAGCUUGAUACUGGGAUAAUAUAGACGGGCGCCGUUCGCCAAUGAUGUAAGGUGUGUCUGCAUCGAAUGCCAUAAUAAUGCGCCUCAGGUUAGUCAGGGCGGUCUUGGUACUCGCGUUGUUGGGAAACAUCAUCGUCUGGCACAGGAUAUGGCGGUUGUUCGCGGCGCAAAAUACCCUGCGUCUACUGACGCCAAGCGUCACCACAAACGAACCACCGCCACAAAAGCUCCAUCGCCACUUGGCCCGGUUGGUCACCAUUGUCAUCAGGCAAUUCGAGAGCUUCGAGAAUGACGUGGCGUCCGUAGUGGAGUCCGUCUUGAAUUCCUUCCCGACCAUACCAAUCUUGAUAAUCUGCGAUGAGCUGCCCUAUCCACCGUUAGAGUUGGACUUUGCCAAUGAGAGCAUGAGGAAUGUCAGAUUGAUCAGCUUAAGACCCGAGUUCAAUAAGUCUUUCGAGGAGAGGAAUCCACUGUAUUAUAUACGCACCAAAUUUGUCAUGUUCUUGCCUGAUGCUACAAGACUAUCGACUAAACAGGUCAUUCAGGAGACCAUCUCGCAGGUGCCAAAGUUAGGAAUAGUCAUUGUGCCAGUGGGAAAGAUCACUUUGCAUUGUCUUGAGUUAGAUCUAAGAGUGAAAGAGUGGACUUUGAGGAUGACACGAGUGUCAGGAACAGAAUGUGAUAGUGUGAUAGGGAAGCAUGUGACUAUGAUUGAUGCCAAGACCUUGAGGAAACUUUCAGACCCCUUUUUGCUGCCUUUUUCGGAUGCACUGUAUAUCCAGACAACAGCUAUAGGUGCAAAGAUACAUAUAUUGAAGAGCUAUCAGUUCAAUGAAGGAAAACCGUUGUACAGGAACCAACAGGCACAAUUCAAGGUGCAGCAGUUGCAUCGUGCACGAGAGCGACUGAUGUUCGAGAAAUUGGGGAUAAAGAAAGUGACGAAAGUUUCCGGUUCCGUUGAGUGGCACGGUUGUUCGCGGGAGACUGCUAGGUGUUUCGGCUCAGUGAUAAAUGGCGUACCAUCGUACCUCUAUCAGAAUCGUUACACACCGCCUUGUUGCCUAGCUGGGCUGAGGAGAGUGACUCACCACGUGAUCGACAAGCUUGAGGAAGUGGGCAUUCGCUUUUGGUUGGAGGGUCAGUCGUUGCUGGGUGCAAUGAGGAAUGGCGAUAUUCUACCUUGGGAUCACGAGGUGCAAAUUGGACUGAAUCGAGACGAUCUAGCGAGGUCGCCGUGGUUGAUCAGAGCUAAGAACAAGCCGGUAAUCGAUGACGAUGGCUUUGUCUGGGAGAAGGCGACCGAAGGCGAGUUCUUCAAGGUACAGUACUCCAAGGUCAACCGUCUGCACGUGAAUCUGCUGCCCUUCUAUGCGCGUAAUGGAUCCAUGACGAAGGACGCAUGGUUUCUGAAGAACGGCGACUUCCCAGAACAAUUCCUGCAUCCGAUGUCGAGCAUCGAGUUCGCCGGUAGACAAGUGCCGUGUCCGAAUAAUAUUAGAGACUUCCUUGAGCUCAAAUACUUCAAGGGUGUGAUAGAGAAUCCGGAGUUACCUUGCAUAUUUCUUCUCGAUUAGCCCGUUCCGAUUAAUUGUUCGCGAAUCGCCCGUUAGAUAGCGACCUGGUGAUUGUCGUUUCUCACUUUAUGCGUCAGUUGAUAUUCUUCAGGAGGAGCUGAGUCGCGUUUAUUGCUGUCGAAUUGAUAACCGUGUCUAACGAUAUUAGGAAUUCUUAUCUAUUUGCAUGAAGUCAUCAACAUCCGAGUAAGGAUUGCAAUUUGACAUUUUUCGCAACAUUCCUAUAGUCUAGGGAAACUGACAUUUCUAUUUGCCUUAUUUGGGCCCUCCUUCAAUGAGAAAUUAUGACAAAUAAUUGUUAGCGAAAUCGUUAUAUUUGUAUCUUUGAGUAAUCUGACUUAGAAUAGGAAGGCCUCUUCCUUUCUGGCCUCUUCCUUGCAUGGAUCGACCUGUUAAUAUUGUGCCAAAUAAACUUAGUAUUUUCAAUUAGACCUCGCGGAUAUGGAUGUUAACAUUUUCCCGGUGUAUAUACACACACGUACUUCCAUUAUGUCUCUUAACUUUUUACUAGCUUUUCUAUUGUCUUUUAAUAGGUGCUAUAAGAUCCAUAUUAGAGACAUGAAUAUUUAAUAUUAACGCGGUCGAAAUCGACCUAGUCUUAUGAUAUUUUUAAAAUAUUUUCUUUUACAUAGAGACAUAUAUAAUAUAUUAUAUUUCGAGAAGAAUUCUGUAAGAUGUCAAAAGGAGAAAUAAUUAUAGAGAAAUACAUAUAGAGUAGAAAUUCGAUUGUUCAAGUUCUGCUCAAUUAAAAAUUGUAAUUUUAAGAGGAAUACUGUGGGAAGCUUGCAAGAAUAAAAUAUUUCCUUUGAUUA